AUGUCGGUCGCUCGAGGGACAGGGAGGCCCUUUGCCCCAGGUGCGGCCGGACCGAAGCGCGCACGGCGCGGUCCCGCAGGGCGGCGGUGGCGUCGCCCCCUGCAGCUCCCGGGUGCGCUCUCCGAGGAGCUCCGGUGCCCCGAGGCGCCCGGGCCGCCCCCAGCGCCGGCGAGCGGAGCGGGGAGCGCGGACUGGCGGGACGCGCCCGUGUUGCGAAGGGAGGCGGGAGCGAGAGCGGCCCCCCGGGCCGGCACUGGCACCGGCACCGGCACCGCCUCGCUCCCCCCCCGGGCACCGGCACCGCCUCGCUCCCCCCGCGGCACCGGCACCGCCUCGCUGCCCCCGCGGCACCGGCACCGCCUCGCUCCCCCCCCGGGCACCGGCACCGCCUCGCUCCCCCCGCGGCACCGGCACCGCCUCGCUCCCCCCCUGGGCACCGGCACCGCCUCGCUGUCCCCGGCACCGGCACCGCCUCGCUCCCCCCGCGGCACCGGCACCGCCUCGCUCCCCCCGCGGCACCGGCACCGCCUCGCUCCCCCCCCCGGCACCGGCACCGCCUCGCUCCCCCCCCGGGCACCGGCACCGCCUCGCUCCCCCCGCGGCACCGGCACCGCCUCGCUCCCCCCCCGGGCACCGGCACCGCCUCGCUGUCCCCGGCACCGGCACCGCCUCGCUCCCCCCCCGGGCACCGGCACCGCCUCGCUGUCCCCGGCACCGGCACCGCCUCGCUCCCCCCGCGGGGCGGGAGCGGCCCCGUGA